GUCUAAAUGUCACCGACUGUGAACAUUAAUAGCCAAAAGCAAGAGUAAGACCAAAACCCAAAUCACAAGUUUGCCUUUUUCGUGCAUCUAAAUAGAAGUAGAAAAGUCGGAGUUGAUUCUAGACCCCCAAAGCCCUGACCUUAUUACCUUGACACGAUCAAAGAAUAAUCCUUGCCGUGUCCUAGUGAAAAAAGUUGAAACUUUUCCCUUCAAAUCGUCUCAUCUCCUUCGAUUCCUGAGCCAUUAACAACUCUUCUCUUGUUCCCUCUUCUUCUGGUUCUCUGGUCUGAACAAAGAAAGUUAAGAACUUUUAGGGAUUUGAUUGGUCAGAGAUCAUCAUAAGAUGGCGAACGAUGCGGCUGCAUGUGCGGAGAGAGCUACAAAUGAUAUGUUGAUUGGUCCUGAUUGGGCUAUUAACAUUGAACUGUGUGAUAUUAUCAACAUGAACCCUAGUCAAGCAAAAGAAGCAGUGAAGGUGCUCAAGAAGCGGUUAGGAAAUAAAAACUCCAAAGUCCAGAUUCUUUCUCUUUAUGCGUUGGAGACUUUAAGUAAGAACUGUGGGGAGAACGUGUGUAAGCUUAUCAUAGACCGUAAUGUUCUGACUGAUAUGGUCAAAAUAGUGAAGAAGAAGCCGGAGCUGAAUGUGAGGGAGAAGAUACUAAGCUUGCUAGAUACAUGGCAAGAAGCUUUUGGUGGACGUGGUGGUCAAUACCCACAAUACUACAAUGCCUAUAAUGAACUCAGGGCUGCUGGAAUUGAGUUUCCACCAAGAACGGAAAGUAAUAUGUCCUUCUUUACUCCACCUCAGACUCAGCCCAUUCCAUUAGAUGAAGACGCCGCUAUUGAGGCCUCACUGCAAGGAGAUGAUGCUGCUAGCUUCAGUAUGGAAGAGAUUCAAAGUGCUGAAGGAUCAGUAGAUCUUUUAAUGGACAUACUUGGAGCACUUGAUUCCGCCGAGGGGUUGAAAGAAGAGCUUGUGGUUGAUUUAGUUGAGCAAUGUCGUACCUAUCAGAAACGUGUGAUGACUCUUGUCAACACCACCACAGACGAGGAGCUUCUGUGCCAGGGAUUAGCAUUGAACGAUAACUUGCAGCGUGUUCUUCAGCGUCAUGACGAUAUGGCCUCUGUUCCUUCAAAUGGAGGCGGUGCAACAGCUCCUCCUCCUCCUCCUCCUCCAGCUCAACUUGUCAGCAUCAAUCAUGAUGAUGACGAUGAAUCAGAUGAUGAUUUUGCUCAGCUAUCUCACAGGUCUAAAAGAGAUUCCAGUCCUAUUCUUCCUCCUCCUCCUCCACCACCUCCAUUGAGACCAGUACAUGGUACUACAGAGUCAGGUUUGGUGGAUUUUCUUAGUGGUGAUGUCUAUAAACCUCAAAGCUCCUCACAAGGAGUGAAGCAGCCUCUUCCUGCUCCUCCUACUGCAGCUGCUUCUCCUCCUCCUGCUCCAUGGGAUACUGAGGUUAUCAGGAACCUACCGCCGCCGCCUUCAAGGCACAACCAGAGGCAGCAGUUCUUUGAGCAUCAUCACUCGAGCAGCGGCUCUGAUUCCUCUUACGAUGGUGGUCUUGUUGGACAGACCAGGAACCUCUCUUUGAAUAGUGAAACCAAGAAAGCAGAGGAUAUGCUUUUCAAAGACUUGGUUGAGUUUGCCAAAACUAGGUCGUCCAAGCCCAAACAUUAGGUCGCUUUUGAGUCUUUUGCGUGUGUAACAAUCAUUGCUUUAACAAUUAACAGUCAUAUGAUAUUUGAGUGUGCCUUAUUGUUAAAUACAUUUGUGUUACAACCAGUCACGUUCAAGAUAACAUUAUGCACCCAAAACAAAACCAAUAACUAACAAUAGAAUGACUCGGCUUUUGGUUUAUGUUUAUUUUAUCCUUUUCAUCUUUUUUUUUAUUUAGUUAUCUUGUAGAUGGU